UAAGUGCCUUGCGUCGACUAAACUUGAGAGAUUUUAAGAUUUCGACGCAUAGUCGGCCUUCGGUUGUACAGUGGAACGCAACACAUGUCACGCUAAAAGCAAGAGAUUGAUUUGGGGUCAUUCUAGGAAGAAAAAUGGUUGCUUUUAUCGACUAAAAGCCGGGGAGCCAAACUCGUAAUCAUUGGAGAGCGAUUCAGUCAGCUCGACUAUAAGUCGGAAUAACUUUCCUAUUUCAUGACGGAAUAACGACUCUACGUCAUAUCGCUAAUACCAAGGAGGUAAGCACGGGGGCAAUGGAAAGAGAAUUUAUACAAGUUCCAAUAGAUUUGAAAGCCCAUAUCAUCGGUAGGCAUCGUAGUGGGAUUAAUGAAAUGAUGACGAGAUCUGGAGCCAUAAUUGAGCCUGGGAGAAGAGAACAUGCAGGAUUUAUAGUCAGUGGACGCCCUGAGGAAUUAGAAAUGGCAAGGCAGCUUAUUUCAGAAAAACUGCAGGAGUUGAAUAAUAAUCGAGAAGAGCUGGUAGAAAUUCCAAACACAUUCAAAGGCAGAGUUAUUGGAAAAUAUAGAGCUACUUUACGCCAGAUAGAGACCCAAACGGAAGUUAAACUUAUUGUGAAGGAUGGAGAAGUAUAUAUAGUCCGUGGAACACAACAGCAACGGCGACAUGCAAAAAUGAACAUCGGAACAAUUGUGGCUGGAGCAAGAUUGAAGAAUUUUGAAAACGAAUUUUACAAAGUUAGUGCUUACGUCGAUGGUUGUCAUCUUCCUGCCAACUGUAAACUCAAGCUUCAGGAGGUGCAAAUGGAAGAUCGCAUGCCGCUUCCAGGGUCUGAGACGCAGUAUCGACUCGAACUAGCUGAGCUCUGCGAGAGUGAGAAUUUGCACCAUGACCGAAAUGACACCGUGUACCAAUCCGAUCUUAAAGACGAAGUUUUGAUGUCCUUACGCAAGAUUAAAGAUAACAGGGAGACAGAUGAGAGUCCGAAAGCCGAUAUGUGGUGUCAUUUGGGGACCUCUAUUGUUAGAGUACGUGACGAAGACGAUGUUGGCCAAAAAACGUGGGACAUCGAAGAGAUAGCAGAAAAUUUUCAAAGGCCUGAUACAGGAGAAAAAAUGUUUUGGAAAGUUUCUUUUAGAGAGCGAGAUGAUAUUCCUGAGGACAUCUUUACAAGAACUGGCCUCAAAGAGAUCACCGAAGACAAUGAAUACAUCUCCAGAUAUGACCUAACAUAUCUGACGCCUUGUUUUUACCAACUUAGAUGUAAGGUGUGGGUGGCAAAGAGUAGCCUAAAGAAAAGGCUGGAAGAUAUACCAAUUCCUUUUAGUGACGUAAAGAAUGUUUUAGAAGAGAUUCGAUUUGAAGAUGAAACAAUGCAAUCACGCUGUCGUGGAUGGCUGGUACUUAAAUCUAGAAAAUAUUUACAGACCGACAUUCUUUUUCCUGGUUGCGAUUUAGACUGCAGGUUCACCAUGCGUGGGCGAACAGAUCGCACUGCUAUAGCUAUUAGAGGAGACGUACCCGAAAUUGAAGUGAGACGCGCUUUGUCUACAUACUUGUCCCGAUUAACUUUGACGGAUGAGGAUGCCUUCGGAUUACGUCUCCCAGAUCACGAUUUCCCUGACGGAUUCCACUUACUUCAUAAGCGAUGUUGUCAGCGAAAAAUGUACAGCACGCGUCCAGGAUUCUUUGCCAUACUUUCUCAGGAAGAUUCAUGGUGGAUUGACCCCCUAGGAAAUGAAAGAAGCAGAAAAUCGACUGACCUCCACUUACACAGCGAAGAGUGUGAUAAACUCCUAAAUGGGACAGACUGGGAACCGGAAGUAAUUGCUCAGAAACUACCUGAAUUUAUUCAAUUUGUAAAGGAAAUUCAAGACUUUGUCGUACGGGAGAUGAACGGAUAUGGAUCCACAACAACAGAUCCUCCAGAGAUUCGUGCUCGUGGUCCUGAAGCUCUAGAAGCCUACAAAGAUGCCCUGUCCGAAGGUCAAACUUGUGUAAAGAGAGUGCCGUUGAUGUUCGUUGGACAAGAUCGAUCUGGAAAGACUAGCGUGAAGAAGUCCUUGAAAGGGAUUAGUUUCAACCCCGAAGAAGAUAGCACCGUAGGCAUCGAAGUCGAUACCUAUGAUUAUAAAGUAACCACGGAAGUUUGGAAGACAGGAAAAAAAGACUUACGCGAAAACUUUGAUGAAGCAUCUUUUUCUUUUGAACAUAAUACAGCUAGGUGGAUUGCAGAUAAAUUAAUGGAGGAAGAGAACGUUGCUAACGUUCGAUGAAGAGGUAGUACCUUGUCAGAAAAUUAUGAUGACUUCGAAGAAACUAACACCUUGGAGGAAACAUACCCCAGCAAGACUGCAAGUUACACGGAACCGUCGGAGUCUCCUACAGAUCGAGCAAACGUUCAUCCUUCACUCGGUGAACCUUUUUUAACAACAAGAGGAGAAUAUAAUCUAACUCCAACACAGUACGACGAUGACGUACUCGACAGUACCUCAGGAGAAGUGCCGGAGGGCAUUGCGAAGUUAAUUCCACAGUUCCUUCAAGAUGAUUGGAAAGACGAUAGCGAGGAUAUUUAUUCAACCACGUGGGACUUCGCUGGACAGUCUGUUUACUACGUGACACACCCACUCUUUCUUACAAGAAGAGCAAUCUACUUUUUGGUUUAUGACUUGAGUAGAAAUCCAAGCGACAAAGCCAUACCCCAGGUGAAACAAGGAGUCUACAGAGAAAUUGAAGAUAGAUAUAAUCUAAAAACGAAUUUGGAUUACCUAGAGUUUUGGAUGAGUUCUUUGGCCUCCUUAAUGGAACAAAAUAAUCGCCCGCAAAACCCCGAAAAGGAGGUACUUCCAAAGAGGCUUCCAGCUGUUUUCCUGGUGUGCACUCAUGCUGACAAACCAUAUUGUAACCGUAAUCCUUCUGCAUUAGCCAGAGAAAUAUUUGGCAAUUUAAAAACCAAGCCAUAAGGUGCCCACUUGGUUGGCGUGUUUUGUGUUGAUAACACUAAGUCAGGCACUGAGUCCGAGUGUCAAGAAAUCAGGCGAUUGCGAGAAAAGGUACUUGAAGUUGCUAAGGAGUUACCACAUGUAAAUGAGGCUAUUCCGAUCAAGUGGUUGAAGUACGAAAAUGCUCUUCGUGCGAUCAAGGAAAAUGAUCGCAAAUUCAUCUCUCUCGCAAUUGCAAAACAGAUUGCUUCCAAAGUUUGCAGGAUAAAUAAAAACAAAGAGAUUUUAACAUUGUUAAACUUUUUGCACGAUCUGCGAGUUUUGAUCCACUUCGAUGACACACUGGAAUUGAGUGAUUUGGUUAUCUUGGAUACCCAGUGGCUGAUUGACGUUUUCAAAAACGUAAUAACUGUGAGGCCCUGCCACUCGAGAGAGGAAAACUUUGCUGAUCUUUGGUACAAACUCGAAACAGAGGGAAUCCUUGAAGAAAAACUCCUCAAACAUGUUUGGAAUUCUUUGAUUCCUCAGACAGAAACCCACGAAAGCCUUAUUGCAAUUAUGGAGAAAUUCAGCUUGAUGUGUCGUUGGCCAUCGUCAGAACACCCCUGCAACAAGCAUUAUCUGGUGCCAUCAAUGCUGCGGACGCAUCCGCCAGAAAGGAUCGGUAAUCUUGUUGAAUCUGCACAACUUCCGUCUCUUUUUCUCAAAUUUGAUGCAGGUCAGGUCCCCCCAGGUUUAUUUCCACGAUUUGUGUUGGAAUUCUUUUGGUGGGGUAAAAAAACAUUUUCUCCCCUAGCACCGCCCCAAUUUUACAACAAUUUUGCUAGAUUUCACCUCGUCCCUAACCGCGGCCUCUCGUUUGUCCUCCUUUGCCACUCCUCUGCGAUUGAGGUCAUCGUACUCAGCGCAAAUAAUGACAUUGACACGGUUGAUAUGACCUCAAUUCGAGCUUUUCGUAGCCAGCUGACUUUAAUGGUAGAUUGCAUUUGGAACAAGUUCUUCUGGGUUAAGAACUUUGGAUGCAAAGUAUGUUUCCUAUGUCCCAUCUGUUCGCAUGGACGCGUGGUCGGCUUCUGCACUCAACAUAAUGAAGAAAAUUGUAAGCAAGAGGAAUGCCUCCACUUCAUUUCAGAGUCAGAUCUUGGAAAUGAAACACCGCAGGUUUUUUGCACAAAAUCCGCAACCGCACGGGAUAACCGAAUUCAAGCCGAGGACUUUGUUCCGUGGAUUUCUCCUAGUGAGGAAAAGCAGGUGGUGACUAGUCAACAUGAGGAGAGACUUAUCUUGAAAGAUGGAGCCGAGGAGAUGUCAACUGAGUUAGUUAGCGAAGCUGUGACAUCUCUUCAGCUACGACCACUUGCAAGCACUGAGGUGGAAAGGAUGCUAGGUCCUUCUGCAAAAGGUUACUUGAUAUCUACAUUGCUGGUCUUAAAUUAUCUUCUUUGCUUUCCUUCAUUUAAGGAUAUGAUUUCUUCUUUGUGGCACAUUUUGUUUAUCUCUGUGGUUUUUUUCGAUAUGUUAGGGAAUAACGACAAAUCUCUCGUUCUGCCUCACAAAGUUAGCGAAUCUCUCCAGUCAACAUUAGACUCUCCAAAAGAGGUUGUAGAUAGAUUGCUUCACAAUCUUGAUGACGCCUCGCUGGAACAUCCAAAACCUGAAACUGAGAAAUGGAUCCGUUGCCUUGCGAGGAAUGCUAAAGAACAUAGCAGGAUUGACGUUUUUACCUAUUUAAGAGAAGUUGCGCCAGCAGGGACAACAGGUAAGAAAGCGGAGACGGUGAGUGGUUCUAAUAAGUGUUUUUAUACGGACUUAGAACUCGCCAGAAGCCUGAACAGGUCGUUCAUUCGCCUUCCCAUGUGGAAAUUAGNAAUAACUUUGCCUCUUUAUUUUCCACCAAAACCUUCGAAAUUGCUGAGUAAAUCUGCCUUUGAAAUCUACUUUUCACGAAUACUGCUGUUGUUCAUUUCAGGUCCAAAGCUGCCUGAGACCCUCCAAGUCCAAGAUAUUCCUAAAAGUCAGCUAAGAGAACUGACAAUUAUCCUCAGUGGGCGAGAGGAUUGGGAGAUAUUUGCUGAAAAACUGGGACUGACCCCCGCAGAGAUACGUUUUAUGGACAAGCGCACAAGAAAUCAAGUGCUUGAAGUUUUGGGUUACGCUGCGCAAAAAUAUCUCAUAACUGUGGGAAAUCUUUAUGACGUUUUGAAAGACUGUGGGAUGCCUAUCCUAGCUGACUUGCUUUGAAACUAGUAGUUCUCUUUCACUUUGAAGGAUCUGUUAGCAACUGAUUCAACCAUCAAGUAAUAGAUAUUAUUACAAAUUUAUAUUUGAAUCAGAUAGCUUAGUUACUCCGUUAAACACUGCCCUCGAUUAAAAGCCGCAUACUGAGGGAAACUACUAUAUGAAAUACACUCCCUUGAAUAAAAAUCGUAUCCAACAAGA